AUGCGUAACGUAUUAGCCAACUUGCGUUUUAAGUCAGCUACUUCGUUAGUUGUUAUACCGACGUUAGCGUUUGCCAGUUUCCAAUUUAACGCUAUAAGGAGCAUAAUGACGAAAACUGAUUUUGUUGUUCCACAAGCCGCUCCAUCCUGGAACUAUACUACGGAAGAGCUUUUGAAACAGACUCAUGAGGCAAUUGAUUCUUCAAACGAACUAUUGGAUAGUUUGGAAUCUAUUUCCAACCCUUCAGUGGAGAACUUUGUAACGCCGUAUCUACAUCAUGAAAACACAAUCUCCCCUCUUUUUAACCAGCUGACAUUUUUACAACAUGUGUCUUCUGACAAAGAAUUGAGAGAUACGUCAACAAAGGUGACAGAACUGAUUGAAAACUUUGGAAUUGAAUCUUCCUUGAGGUUCAAGCUUUUCAGGCAGUUUGACAUAGUGUGGAACCAAUUGAAGGACGACGCUCAAUUCAAAAAGGACCAUUUUGAGAUCUAUAAGUUUGUAGAGAAAUGUCAUAAGGACUUUUUGAGAUCUGGGUUGAACUUACCUGAAGAACAAAGAGAUAAGGUCAAAGAAAUCAAGAAAAAGAUAUCGAAUAACUCCUUGCAAUUUUCGAAGAAUUUGGGUGAACAAAAUGAAUUCAUAACAUUCACAAAAGAAGAACUUAUUGGGGUGUCUGAAAACGUGAUGAAACAAUUCGAGACAGUUGACGAGGAUGGUAUCACAAAAUAUAAGGUCACAUUCAAGUACCCCGAUAUUUUCCCGGUGCUAAAGUCUGCUAAGAAUGCUGAGACCAGGAAGAGAGCCUUCAUUGGUGAUCAAAACAAAGUACCACAAAAUGAGGCCUUGUUUCUGGAAACUUUGCAGUUAAGAAAUGAUUUGGCUGAGCUUCUUAACUACGACUCGUAUGCAGAUUAUAACCUUGACAUUAAAAUGGCGAAGAAGGAGGAGGCUGUCUUGACAUUUUUGAAUGACUUGAAGAAUAAGUUGAAACCAUUAGGUGAAAAGGAACUUACAAAAUUGAAAAAUUUGAAGGAAGAGGAAUGUAAAGAGCUAAAUACUCCAUACGAUAGAAGAUACUAUAUUUGGGAUAAUCGUUACUAUGAUAAUCAAUACUUGAAGAAAAACUUCCAAAUCGACGAGGAAAAAAUUGCAGAAUAUUUCCCAUUAGAAUCCACUAUUAAGGGUAUGCUACAAAUCUACGAGACGGUUUUGAAAUUAAAAUUCAUUGAGGAGGACAAUGGGGACACAUGGCAUCCAGAUGUAAAAAAGCUUUCCGUGUGGAAGAUGGACGAUAACUUUCCAUCAUUUGUAGGCUGGAUUUACUUCGAUUUACAUCCAAGAGAAGGAAAAUACGGACAUGCCGCCAAUUUCGGAAUCAGUUCUUCCUUCCUCAAAUCUGACGGGUCUAGGUCUUACCCUGUAACUGCUCUAGUGUGCAACUUCUCGAAGCCAACCAAAGAUAAACCAGCUCUAUUAAAACAUAGCGAAUUGACAACUUUCUUCCAUGAACUAGGUCACGGUAUUCACGAUCUUGUGGGGGGAAACGAUAUUGGUAGGUUUAAUGGACCAAGUGCAACUCCAUGGGAUUUCGUGGAAGCUCCAUCUCAAAUGUUAGAAUUCUGGACCUGGAAUAAAAAAGAACUUAAAUCCUUAUCCAAACAUUAUCAAACAGAAGAGAAGAUCCCGGACUCUCUUUUAGACUCUUUAGUCCGUACAAAGCAUAUCAAUGGUGCUCUCUUUGCGUUAAGGCAAUUGCAUUUUGGUUUAUUUGACAUGAAAGUUCACACUACUAAAGACAUCUCUAAGUUAAACGUCACUGAAUUAUGGAAUUCUUUAAGAGAAGAGAUUUGCCUAAUUGAUAAUGGGGAUAUUCAAACGAAGGGUUUCAAUUCUUUCGGACAUAUAAUGUCUGAUUCUUACUCCGCUGGGUACUAUGGAUACAUGUGGGCGGAUGUUUUUGCGUCAGAUAUGUACUAUACCAAAUUUUUGGAGGACCCGUUGAAUAGCGAUGUGGGCGUUCAGUACAGGGAUAUAAUCUUGGCACGCGGCGGGCUAUACGAAAUCGAAGAUAAUCUCACGGAAUUUUUGGGCAGAAAGCCAAACAACAAAGCAUUCUUAAAGGAAUUAGGUUUGUAA